AUGCCUCCGAGUACUAGGCGCCUGGAGCGCUUGGAGCGCACCCUACAGGCUGCAGAUAAUCAGCAACAUGUCACAAGCACAACACCCACCAAGCCAUUUCCCUUUCUCGAGCUUCCGGACACAGUUCGUCAACGUUUCUAUGAGCUCCAACUCGAGGCAACACGUGGCUUUGUUCGACUGUUCGGCAAGUCUGGCCCUUUGCGUGCCAAUGGCAAAGUGACACCUGCAAAAGUCAAGAUCAACAUCAUGUUCACCUGUCGACAAAUCUACGAAGAGGCUAUGCCAGUACUAUAUCGCGUCAACAACUUCUGCGUUGCUCCCCUUCUGCUUCGUCCAGACUCUGCCCAAAACGAGGAAGAUAUGUUGCAGAGUGAGAAGUGGAUCCGCAAUAUGCCUGUCAAAGGACGAAACCUCAUCAACAGCCUGGAAUUGUGGCUACCGAUAUCACCACCGGACAAAAGUCGCGGGGUCUAUUUUGGUAAAUGGCAAAAUAUGGGGAUCAUGUUUCCUGGUCUGAGGACUUUGACUCUCUUUUUCGACCUCAACAACCAACUUGAUCGCACAUGGUGGGCUAUACCAGACCCCGACAUGCGUGAAGCAUUCUAUCAGCGAUUCAAAGCAAGCAUGCCGCAGGCCAGACAGACUUUUAUUGAUCUGAGAAUGCUCAAGCCGAGUCUCGUACAAUGGCAGCCACUCAUCGACACUAUCAACAAGGUGUGGGAGGUUUUUGUAGGCGAGUCUGUGUACAUUAGCCAAGACAUACAUCAUGCGAACAAGCACGCAGAACAAAAGAGUGUCUUGGACAAGGCAUUGCUCGAAGAGUUUGGGCCGAGAGCUGCUAGUCAGCAAGGGCUCAGCUACUGGCAGAUCCGACAGAACCUGACCAUCAACGAGAACUUGUGUCUCACUGAUGAUGACACCGACGACGAAGAAGGAUGUUUCGACAUGUUCGACGUCCAGAAGAUCGUUGCAAGGAAACGUAAAAAGGCAGACAGCUUGGAGCAAGGAUUGUUUGAUUUCGAAGAAGAAGAUGGCUCAUGGUGGUGA